UGAGAAUAUCAGUGAGCCACUUCGUGGAGGACUCACGAUCGCGCAGCCUGCUCACCAGUUCCCGGCAAAGGACACAGUCAUGACUGGCAGCGGGGACACUUCAUCCCAGGUGAGAGCAUAGGCUGCACAGCACCUGCAGGGCAUGGGCACGGAGAGCGACAGCAUGCUGCAGCUCGCAGCCGAGGCGUUCCAGUCCAAGAACUUCGACCUGGCCGCGGACAUCUACGAGUGCCAGCUCGCCGGUGUGGGAGAUCCAGGGAGCCGACAGGACCUGAUGGUGAAGCGGGGCGACGCGCUCGCUUUCGGGGGCAAAUUCACCGAAGCUCUCGACUUGUACCGGCAAGCCUCCGAGACCGAGCGACUGAAGCCUGCCCAGCUGACCAACCUCAUCGCGUACCUGUCGGGUAGCAUCCGGAGGCAGGACGCGGGGGGCAGCCGGCGCAGCAGCGGAGGAGGAGGAGGAGGAGAGGAGGAGGCGGCGGCGGAGGCUCCUCCAGCUCCACCGGGGCGUGCAGCGGCUGCCGGGGCUACAGGUGGCGGGCAAGCGGACCUCUCCUGCCGGAUAUGUCUGAGCUUUCUGUUCGAGCCCGUGACUCUGCCGUGCGGACACAGCUUCUGCAAGAAGUGUGUGGAGAGGGAGACGAGGACGAAGGAGCGGCCGGUGGUGUGCAAGGAAUGCGGGGACAGCUCCCCGGCGGAGGGGCACAGCUCCCGGAUGAACGUGAUGCUCAGCAGCCUGCUGGCCAAGUGGCGGCCCAGCCUGCAGCAGGCCGGCCGGCUGAGGCGGGAGGGCAACGGGCUGUACGCAGACAAGAAGAUGGAAGCGGCGCUGGAGAAAUACAACCAAGCCAUCCUGAUAGCACCCAUGGACCACAUACUGUUCAGUAAUCGCUCCCAGAUCAACUCUAGCCUGAAGCACUAUGAAAAGGCUCUGAGAGACGCUGAGACUGCCUGCAGACUCAAGCCUCGCUGGUCCAAGGGUCACGUCCGUAAGGCCCAGGCCCUGGUGUCGCUGGGUCGGGUGGAGGAAGCUCUGAGAGAGUACCUGGAGUGUUUGUCCAUAGAGCCUGACUGCAGACUGGCAAAGAUUGAGGCUCACAAGCUCCUGAGUCAUCUCCUGGCUCCAGUCACAGACCAGGUUCCUGAACACAUCUCCGAAUACUCCAUCAUAGGGUCUUCCAGAGCAUACAUCAAGAGCAGCUUCAGUGCUCCCUUCCAGUCUCUUAGUCCCAGCUUGUUGUCUUCAGAGUCCAGACUCACCUCCACUCCUCCCGCCCUUCUGAUGUCAGGGGGCAGAGUUCCCAGUUUCCUCUUAAAAAGAAAGCGAAGAAGCUCAGAGGAGAAUCUGGAGGUUGAGGAGCGAGGACUAGAGAGGAACGACGAGCACAAGAGAUGUAGAUCUGAGGCGGUCACCGGCUCAUCCAGCUGUGAGGUCUUGGACCCAUCAGAUGUGGAGUGUUCCCUUUGCAUGAGACUGUUCUAUGAGCCUGUGACGACGCCAUGCGGUCACACCUUCUGUCUUCAGUGUCUGAAGCGGUGUCUGGACCACAACCCGAAGUGUCCCCUCUGUAAAGAAGAGCUGUCCGAGUACCUGAUCCAGAGGCAGUACUCUAAGACAGUACUAAUGGAGAACCUAAUAUCGAAGUAUCUUCCCUCCGAGCUCAUGGAAAGACAGAAGAUCCACCAGGAAGAGAUGGCUGAGCUCUCCAACCUUAACAAGAAUGUGCCUAUAUUCGUGUGCACCAUGGCCUUCCCCACUGUGCCGUGCCCUCUCCAUAUCUUCGAGCCUUGCUACAGACUGAUGAUUCGCCGAUGCAUGGAGACGGGAACAAACUGCUUCGGAAUGUGUCUGGCAGACAACGUCAAAGGGUUUGCAGAAUACGGUUGCCUGUUGGAGAUCCGCGACGUGAAGUUCUUCUCUGAUGGUCGCUCAGUGGCAGACACCAUUGGUAGACGGAGAUUCAAAGUCAUUCGGCACAGCGAGAGGGACGGAUACAAUACAGCUGAUAUAGAGUACCUGGAGGAUGUUAAGGUGGAGGGUGUAGCAGAACGAGAGCUGCAGUCUCUACAUGAUGCAGUGUACGACCAGGCCCUGGUGUGGGUCAACUCCCUGAAGGCAGAGCAGAAGGAACGCAUUGAGGGACACUUUGGACCCAUGCCUGAGAAAGACCCCGAACUUCAGGUCGGUCCCAAUGGUCCUUCAUGGUGCUGGUGGUUACUCGCCGUUCUUCCGUUAGAGGGCAGAGCCCAGCUGCCGUUUCUGGCCCUCACUUCUCUGAAAGAUCGUCUCAGCGGGAUCCGCAAGGUGCUGCUCUUCAUGGCCCAGAGCAGGCACCGGUGAUAUGCCCCCCCACCCCCCACCCCGCAGCUGCAGUUGACCUGUUGUUCUUCCUUUUGAUGCACAACAAAAUUGACAAUAGAUGUUGUUGCACCCUUCCUGACGUGAAGCAACUUGUUUCAGAAAGCCACGCUGGAUUUCAUCUACACCUCAGCAGCAAAGAUGAAAUACAUCUAAUGGAACUGACCUCUUCCCAACAUUAACUUCUCAACACAUCGCAGAGUAAACUCAACUAAGGUGAAGACUUAAGCUACAUUCAGACAGGAGAGGAAUUACGUUGGAGAAUCAUCACCUUCUAUUGUAACAUUUGAUGUCAUUUGAUGUCAAUGCUAAUGAAGAUAAGUGUUUGUUUCUGUCCAACCUCCCUCGUUCAGCUCCAAGCUUUGGCGCUGAAAUGUCUUCAUCUGUCCUUGCUCCAGUGUUGCCUUCUGGCCCUCUUCCAUUCUUUUUGUAGUUCUCUGCUCUUCCUGUUGCAUACAUGUUGUGUGUGGAAUGGCACACCAAAAAAAGUCAUAGUGCAUCUUUGCAUUCUUAAAAAAUAGUGUCUAUUCUGUAAAAAAGCGGAGCUGCCUCUCUCAUCGUAGCUUCAAAGCAAAGAUGAAGCAAAGUUCAGAAUCAAAGUGUCUCCAUCCUAUAUCUCUUUAUAUGCACAUGUAAAUUCUAUAAAAGACCAAACUAUGAAUUUGCCUUUUUGUGUAAAUACACUCACCACAGUUGAGUGACCAAUUAUGUUACAAGUGAUUAGAUAAGAUUUUCUUCUUUGAUUUCAAACUAUUUGCUGAUUGAAAUCAAUGUAAACUGGGUGCAGAUAUUUAUAGUGCAUCCUGUAACUUGAACAACUAUUCAUUUUUAACAGUCGUUCGGUCUGCUUCCCUUCCUUUCCUCUUCCAUUUCGGUCUCUGUCUCUUUCAGCUGACAGUGGACUGAACCUUUACAUCGAUAUGCUUCAAGGCUUUUGUUGUUGUGUUUUGUUCAUCCAAUUUUUUUCUUAUUUGUUGGAUUUUUUCCAUUAUUUAUUUUUAUUAUUAUUUAUGCAUGCAGUGACAUUGUUUACAUUUCACGGAGAGAGCUAUUUUUUAACUUAUCAUUUGACCCAAACUUCAGCAAUAGUGACCUGCUAACAGAAACACCCUUCACUCAAUCCAGAAAGGGUAACAACAUGGCUGACACUGACAACUGCACAGGGCACUGUGUAUUUUUAUUGGCCUGUCAUAAUCGGUGCUAUGUUGACUUAAACAUUUUGUAUUCAUUCGCUGUCUGCGGCCUCUUUCUGGCUGAGAUAUUUGUAAAGCCCACAAUGCAGCAAGAAGUCCUGACCGGGACCGGGAUUCCUGACAACUUAAUAUCCCUCAAGAGUAUUUAUUCAGUAUUUAUUCUGACUUAUUUUGCACCACUUUAAGUAAGGGAAUAGAAACAGUGCAGACAGGCUUCUGUGUAUUUAUUUCCUCCAUGGCAGGAGUUGGAAUAUUUCUCUUUUGCAUCUCCUCACAGGACAACAUGACUGCUAACGAUUUGCAUUCAUUAGAGUGUAACCGGUGCUACACUAUUAGUAAAGGCUAGUGCCUUCACUUCACAGAAAAAUGUAGUGUGGAUAUAUUAAACGCCUAAAGUAUAUACAUACCAGGUUCAUUUUACCCUUCACAUUGAAACUAGAUUUUCACAGGAAGGAAAUACUGUAAGUGGACUGAAAAAAAAGCAACAUUUUUGUGAGGAAAAAUGUGUUUAAAAAUAUUGAGGCCUUGCUGAUGUCUGUGGCAUAACUGUUUUUACACAGCAAAUGGAAAAAUGCAGAAGAAUGUUGGGCUUUGUUUUAUACAUUUUUUUGAUUUUAUAUGUUUCUAUGUCAAUCAGGUUCUCUGUAUUUUAUAAUUUUCCUCAUUCACUGGUGUAUUUGCAUCUCCUUAUUUCAUGUGAUUGUACAUGGAGCGACAUGUGAAAGAAUCCAUAUUUAGGAUUUUCUUUUGAAAGGGCCGAAGCCAUGUAAUGAGGAGGAAAAAUACAACAAUCUGUUUAUAUUUACCCACAAUAAUUUGCUGACAGAAUUAAUGCAUUUUAUGAGUUUUUUUACUGCCAUCAAAUGGUGGCUAUGUGGCACAGAAUUAAACAGCAAUACUUUAUAAUGUAAGCUUCCAUUCUAUAUUUCUGUGUAUUGAACAGAGUGGUAAAUGCUGGUAUUUGAAGAGAGAUUUGCACAGAGAAACCCACUCUGUACGAUAUUACGUACAAUGAUGGCCUCAGUAGCAUCGCUGCUAUCAUGAUUCGAUAACCAUUAAGAAAUUAUAAAUUAGCUCAGACUGGGCAGGAAAGGGAAACUAUCAAUAAUCACACCUCAAGUAUAACAGCAUAUCACAUAAAUAAUUCAGAAAAGGAGGAGGAUAUGGUAAGCUAUUACUUUCCAAUUUGUGGCAUGGAAAUAAUUUUAAGUUAGAACGACAGUAUCAAAAUGAGCUACGCCUAACAACUGCUUUGACGCAAAGGAAUAGUUUGACAUUUUGGGAAAUUGGCCUUGUUGCUUUUUAGUCCAAAGCUAGAUGUGGAUAUUAUUUUUAGGUUUUGUGAGGAUCAGUUGUCAUUUGUGAGAUUAGUUUUUGAUGAGUUUGACAAACAAGCUGUAACAUGUUUCUGUUGUUUUGGAGGUGCUGAUCUUUAGAUAGAGCCAAUCUAACAGUUUCCCCUGAUUCCACCCUCAAUGCGAGUUGAAAGCUAACCUGCUGCUAGCCCUAGCUUCAAAUUUAGCAUACAAACAUCAGAGUUGGAUCAAUCCUCUUAGCUCUUGACAAGGUGAAUGAGUGUUUUCUUAAAACUGUCAAACUAUGCUUUCAUUACAUACGUUUGACACUGGCAAACAACAUACUUAGCUUCAUCCGCUGCAACCUUGGGCGACUCCUAAUAGCAGUAACUAUUAAUUUAGCUGCUAUAUUUAUAAUUUUUAUUGUACUCUUUUUGUCACUGCUGAGAUUCCAUAGCCCCGAAUGAUUAAAACAGAUUAGAAGAUGCAACCAAGUUGGACUAUAAAUACAUUGGGAUUUGUCUCUGUGUCACCUACUGAAUCCUUAAAGGUCAGGAUUGAUCUAUAACCUGCUUUUACAGCUUGAUGGUAACAUUACAUUUUGUGUAGCAUUCAAAAUUCCUGAUAACUGUGAUUAGGAAAAGAGCCACUGACAGAAAUGUUUGUCCCGAGCCUUUUUAUUUCUUUACCUACAGUUUGUAUCUCUGACCAUGACAUUGCAGAUGUAGAGGAAGUUUGAUAUUUUUUUACUUUUUUGCCGCCUAGCUAUGCAACAGUUCACAUCUUGACCUUUCAGAAUUCAGCCGGUGACCUUUUGCAGAAGUGUAACUACCUCUGGUACCCUCUUUGAGCACUUACACAUAGAGAGACACAAUAAUUAUGCUUCCUGAUUCUAUUAUUUUCUUGUUUAAUCUGUGUUUGAAAUGAAAUUUCAGAGUCUCGAAAUGUAUAUCAUCACGUGUCCCAUCAGUGCUCCAAAAUGUACUUUUUGUUCAAAUUUGUGCCUGUGUUAAAACGCACCAUCGUAAACACCUCACAUUUGUUAAAGAGAUUAUGUCCCUGGUCAGUUCAGUGAAGAGAUUUCUUUGUGAUGUGCUUGAUGCUGAUCCCAAAUAUUUUACGCGUUUGAAGAAGUGCACAAUUUUUCUUCCCUUCCAAUUUGAACAGCGUCUUAGAAACAGAGUCAAACAGAGUCGGAUCCCUGGCUGAACCGCCGACUUCACAUUCUUGCUCUGCUAUUUGGCCUUAAACACUUCACAUCUUUAAAAACCAAGCGCUUCUCACGUGUUCAAAUAUUUGCACUGACUUCAGUUACUAGAUUGUCUGAAUCUUAACUCCUGUAGAACUCCAUGGCCUCUAAAUGUGUCCGGGUGAAUUCGCACAAGAUGAAUGUAUGUCUCGACAUCGUUCUGAUGUUUUUUUGUACGUGUCUGCUUUUGAUAGUUAGACUUUAGUAUUCAUUAACUUUGCAAAAGUGGAGUCUGAAGCUACGGCUUGUGAAUAAACCAAAAGGAUUGUGUUCAUGAUUCUCUAUUGGAUUAUUGAAUGCACCUGACUGGACUAGAA